AUGAGUGUGAUGAUGGCGAAAGCCUACUACUAUUUAGAAACGCAUGAUUUUAGUGCGGAGUUCCAUAUACAUUUUUCGAAUCGUUCUAAGUACAGCGAAGAUGAGAUGCUUGAGAAGUUGAUGAAGAUACCGGGUGGCUUGGCUCUCCAUCCCCAAGUCAUUCAGCGGCAAUUGCCCACUGAUACUAGGAUUAAUAUAAGACCUAGGAGUGAUGGUAGAGAGGUGGUAUGGGUUGUGGGCAAAAACGAAAGUCGCAAAGAUGAAAAUUGGGUACUGGUUGCGGAGAAGGAGAUGGCUAAGCUCGAGGAGACCCCUGGAUUCAUAAUGAAAAGGGGUAAGGAGAUGGAGAAGGAUCGGAGAUGGAGAUUAAAACAAGACGAAGAAGAAAUUGCAAGCUUGCGAAAGCAGGGAGAAUCUUUUGAUCAUGUUCUCGAACGGCAGAGAGAAAUCCACGAGCGUGAGAAAGAAAUCAGAGCAAUGUUCAAGGAGAUAAACUUGGCGCGACGACAGAAAGCAAAUGAUAGGAAAGCGCGAAGACUUCAAGAAAGACUUCGCAAUCAAGCACGUCGACGGGAAAUGUCAGAUGCUCGUGUUGAACGAAAGAGAAGAUUGAGGGUGCGUCGGGAAGAACGAAGGAAAGAAAGUCUGAGAGUAAUGCGGAACAAACGAAAGGCACGCGAGGCGACGAGAGCAUCCUUUGUAGCUCGGAGAAACGCGAGAAAGGCAGAGCUAAGAGCUAAAUCUACGUCAAGUACGGUGAAUCAUUACACGAAACGGACACAGAUGAAAGCGAGAUUAGAAAAGAGUAAAAGAAAAGUACGAUUAAUGCAGUACAAGGAGCCGGCGAGAGAUAUAGCGAAGAGAGCAUUGUCUCUACGCUCUCUUCGAUCUGCAGCACCAACUAUCUUGCGAAUUGAAAGACAGAAGUCGCUAAACCAGAGAAGGACCACGCAGAAAAGAGGACAGAGGGAACUUGUUCUGGGGAGGAAGAGGACAAGUCCUUUCUGGUCGACGUUUUGA